AAUUCAAUGUGAUCAAAGUUUCAGAUGGCAAGAAUCCGAGAAUAAUUAACAUGGCUUCAAUUUAAAAUUAAAGAAUUUUCAUUAGUGAUCCGAUAAAUUCUGACUAUUAAAACUAUAAGGUAGCAAACCAAAUCUCGAGGCUCAUCUCAGUAACACAGGGGCAUCCACAGUUUGGGUGUUGUACAGCAUUUGGAGGAGGUCCUAUAGAAGAUGAUCAUUAGGCGAAAUCGUGGUGUCAUAGGUGUUGUUGAAGGAUGUAAACUAAAACUGGUUUAAGCACUGGCCUACAACCGUAUAUAACAACAUUUUGUGAAGGUCGGAGUCUUGGUUGAGAAAAAAGCACUUGAGCAGGCUUCCUCUGUAUAUCCCUAAGUACAUUAAAGCCAUAUCAUUCAAGCUUUCUAGUCCAAGGUGGUAAUCUUCAGCAAAAUAUAUUGAUCUAUAAAUAAUAAUAAGAUUAAUAAAUAAUUUUGGAGUUAGAGGUAAUUUGGGGAUUUAAUAUUAGUGAAGAAAAAAGAAAUACAAUAUGUUAUUCACUAUAAAAAAAAGGAGGGAAGAUUUUUUAUCGAAAAGUUAAUGUAAAUGAAAAAGACAGGAAAAUAAUUUACAUAUGGACUGAGUAUAGUUGUGAAAACCUGAAUUAUUAUUAAAGGCCUACUUUUGAAUGUUACUAAUUUAGAGUUAAUGGAUUAACUUUGGAAUAUUACUAAUCCAUCUAUUCAAAUUUUUCAGUAAAUAUAUAAGAUUCAUCUUAUAUGAUGAUUAUUGCUCUAAUUUUAGUGUAGAUUAAAAUGUUUGGGGUAUAUAUAGAGUGUACAUUUGGAAUGAGAAUUAGAGUCAUAAAAUAGCCACGGUGA